AUGCGGGCAGCUCGUCCUCCGGAAAAGGGGAGGGCGUGAAAAAUGAGAGGGCGGGUCGGUGCAGCGCGGCACGUGUGUGAUCUGUGCCGUGAGCAGAGCCCCGGGAGCUCCCUGGCUGGUUUCGGCACUGGCGUGAUGGCAUCAGGGGGCUGAGUUACAGCGCCGGGGCUGUCGGCUUUGCUGAAGACACAGCUGGGCUGAAGUCCCUGGGACUCCUCACGGGAAGAGGCGUAAAUUAGAUCUUUUUUGAAGUGGAUCCUCUCUGACUUUGAAAAGAUUACAUCAGAUAUGACUAUGUGAAUAGCCCAGGACAGCCCAAAGGAAGGACAUGAUGUCAGAAUAACAUACAGAACAUUUGUGAGGGCGAGGCCAGAAAACCAUGCAGUCAUCAGGGCACAGGUUCCGUGAUGUUGAGCACCACCCACUUCUGGCUGAAAAUGACAGCUACGACUCCUCUUCCUCUGAGGCUGACAUGGCAGAGAGGGUUUGGUUCAUCCGAGAUGGCUGUGGGAUGGUCUGUGCCAUCAUGACGUGGCUUCUGGUUGUCUAUGCAGACUUUGUAGUGACUUUUGUCAUGUUGCUGCCUUCCAAAGACUUUUGGUACUCUGUGAUCAACGGUGUUCUCUUUAACUGCUUGGCAGUGCUGGCUUUGUCAUCGCAUCUGAGAACUAUGCUAACUGAUCCAGGAGCUGUACCCAAAGGAAAUGCCACUAAAGAAUACAUGGAUAAUUUGCAACUGAAGCCAGGAGAAGUGAUCUACAAAUGUCCAAAGUGCUGUAGUAUCAAACCUGAACGUGCACACCAUUGCAGUAUUUGCAAACGAUGCAUUCGAAAGAUGGAUCAUCACUGCCCGUGGGUGAAUAACUGUGUGGGGGAGAAAAAUCAGAGAUUUUUUGUUCUGUUUACGAUGUAUAUAGCCCUAAUUUCAGCUCAUGCUCUCAUACUGUGUGGGUUUCAGUUUUUCUCCUGUGUCCGAGGGCAGUGGACUGAAUGCAGUGACUUCUCCCCACCCGUAACUGUGAUCCUGAUGAUCUUCUUGUGCCUUGAGGGUUUUCUGUUUCUCACUUUCACUGCAGUCAUGUUUGGCACCCAAAUCCACUCAAUAUGCAACGAUGAAACGGAGAUUGAAAGACUGAAGAGUGAAAAGCCAACGUGGGAGCGGAGGCUGCGCUGGGAAGGGAUGAAGUCAGUGUUUGGGGGCCAGCCUUCCCUCCUCUGGAUCAACCCCUUCGCAGGCUUUCCAGUCAGGAGACUGCUGCUGAGAGCAAAGAAGGGAGGACCUGAGUUUUCUGUUUGAGUCUAACAAUGCUGGAACUUGCAAGAAUAUUUAUUUGGGGCCAGAGGAGGCUGUCUGCAUACAAUCUGUGACGAGGUGAAACUGAUACCAGACAUUUGCUUGUAGCAAGCAGAGUUUUAUACGUUUCUCGUCACAGACAUCUCAUUAACUCUCAGAGACAUGAACUGGAUCUGUAAUGGUCUUUGCAGCAAGAUAACAAAGGAAAAGCACGUGGUCACACUAAAGAAGCCAAAUGUUGUCAUGCUACUGUAAUUUAUUUUAUGAGAUUAAUUAUCCAUUUUUGUUAAACCCUUUUUAUUUGAUAAAUGUUUGGGGAAUUACCUGUGUGGUUUUUUUAUAAAAAAACCUAUAGACUUUGGUGCAGUUGUCAAUCAUAAGGAGGAGCAUUAUGGUGAAAGUUGAUCUCAAAUGAGACAUAGCCUUCUAAAUCCAGUUUUCAGGGAACAGUGGUUUGUUCAGUUGUGAUUUAUACAUCAGCUUGUCCUAAUAACCAGAGCUGUACUCUUGUGUCCCACUUCAGGCACACAUUCCUCAUAUGCAAGUGAUUCAAAGGACAGGUGCACACAGCAGCAGCACAUCAGAGGCACUGUUAACACCCCUGCCAAAUGUCUUCCCAGGCUCACAAAAGCAUGUCUUGUGUUUGGCAGUAUUAGUCUCAUUUGGCAUUUUUAGGUAAGCUCUAAAUCUUCAGUAAACAACACUUUCAGCUAGCAGCUGUGGGCCAGAUUCUGCCCUCAAAUCUGCACCUCCAGUUCUUAAGGCUUUGAUUCUAGAGGAUCUUAAGUGCAGGUGUUUGAGGACUGUGUCCAGCCCUUUGUGCAGGGGUAAGUGGGACCAGGGACUGUAUCCUCUUGUGUGAGAUAAAAAUGAAUGUACUGCAGAUUGGAGUUCAUGAACCCAAACCAGUUGUCUUUUGAAGGUCUUACUCUGCCCCUUUUUCUUGUUGUACAGACUUUUCAUAGAAGGAAAGCUCUUAACUUAGUGAUCCCUCCAACAAAGAGGAAUGAGGGAUGUUGCCUUUUUCAGAGUCCAACAGAUCUUUAAUGUAGAAAGAUCUGCAAUAGAAGGAAUUAUUUUGAAUUUAGCUGUUUUCCAACCAAAACUACUUUAACAAAAUGAGAGCAAUAUAGAUCUAGAACUGCUUUAUGCAGGCCUGACAAACAACAGUAGUGCUAAGAAAUGUUGGUAAGUGUGCAAGUAAUGAAAUUCAGCUAACAGUGAAUUCUUGAAAAAUGACAUUUAGACUAUUUUUUGUAUUAUCGUUAACCUAUUCUAUAAAUUACUGACAAUAUAAAGGAUAAAGCAGGAGCCUUGAUGCAUAGCUUGAAAUCGUGCCUAGAAAGUGAAUAUCUCCCUGUUCUGGGACUUGCCUUAAAAAUGUCCUGUUCUUGCUUUUGCUUUGCCAGUAGCACUGGUGAUCUCUCCCACCUCAAGCAGUUCAAUGUGCUGAAGAAUCUUGCAUUACAAAGUUUACGUACUACAGAAGCUGAACUUCCUUUUUUCAGUGACCUGCUUCUCCAUUUCUUUCUAACUGGCAUCUUGAUUCCAGCUUCACCAGGUUUUUAUCCCGUUGGGUGGGUGAAAUUACUAAGGGAUCCACUUCUUACCUAUGGGCCCUGCGAACAAAACUGUGCAAUAUUAUGUGCUAUGUUCACUUUGCUUGGGGGAGAUGAUGUGUAAUACUGGAGGAUUUCUGGGUGGACACAUCCAAGGAAAUGGCAGUCAAAUGAACAAAACUAUGUCUCAUGUAACUGAGGGGAAAGUUGGGAAUUCCACAGGAAUCUUUGUGUAUUUGGUUGCGCAUCCAAAAGACUGGGGGGAAAAAAAUAAAUAAAUGUGUCUGGCUUUAUCAUGAGGCUCUUAAUGUGUAUGUUGUUUAAUGAAAUACCCUGAUGAAAAUCAGAAAAUAUCACUUCCAGCAGCUGAACCCUGUGACUUAGCAAGUGUGUGCGUGUGUGAAAUCAGGUUUACUUGGCUUUUCAAACCCAUGUUAUGUUGUAAUUUUUUAAUGUAAAAAAAAUAAAGUAAUCAAUUGAAGUCUUAAAGUUGA